ACGUAACCUGACACAAGGCAUUGUGGGUGUUAGAGUUUCCUUACUUAGAUGGCCAUCGCAAACAAACAAGUGGAGCCAGGCCGCGGAACUACAAUCAAAACUUCCACGGAAAUUACGUCAUCAAAGGUCACAGUUCCUUCUGUGUCAACACAUGUGCGUCCUCCAUAGUCUUACGGACAGAAAAGCAAAUGCUUCAUCUCAGUGAGCAGCGGUUUAUUAAAAAUAGAAUAAAAUAAAAAAUGCCCAGCGAUAUUUCAUCUUCAUCAAGCGAAGAUGAAACGGACAGUGUUCCCGCGGAGCCACAAAAAGAAAAACAAACAGAAUCUGAGAAGAAGAGCACCAAGUACCAGUGUCCUGCUGACUUUGUGUCUUUCUGCCAUAAACCCUGCAGCAGCACAUUGACCAAGAGUCUGAAGAACAAGAACAAUGAGUUAUGGCUCAUUAAAGCUCCUGUCAGCUUUAAUCCAGAAUGUUUCAGUAGCAUCAAGGUGCCUCUGUCAGGUCUCCACACCCUGAAGACUCCAUCUGCUGCAGAGGGAGCUAGGACUGGAAGUGGCCAGCAGAUCUACAGCAUCCUGGCAUCCCCGACUGGUACCUCAGACCUCCACCUGCUCACCAGUGACAAGCAGUCGUCAAAUAGCACUGUUUUUGCUCCUGCUUUCUCAGGCCUGUUGAAUGUGUGUGAGAGCUAUGGAGACAGCAGUGCUAACUUGGCCCCGCAGGUCAUACCCGCUGCUCCAGUGCCCUCCAUACCACCGGGACUGAAACAACGAUUCCAACCCUUUGGCAGUAAAACCCCAACACUGACAUGCGUGGCAGUAGAUGAGGUGGAGGGAGCAGCGUGUGGACCCUCAUCUACAAACCUCCGUCCUUUGGUAGUUAAACGAUUCAUAGACGAAACGGGGCACGAAGAAGAAGAGAGGAAGAAAAAGAAGAAGAGAAAGAAAGAAAAGUGGAUAGAGACAGAACAAGUUGAGGUGCCAGAAGUGAAAGCAGAACCAAAUGUUGAAAUUCUGAAUGAAUUAUUGACAGAGCUUCCCCUCCAGGAGAGUGAGGUUUCAGAGGAGAGGAGGAGGAAGAAGAAGAAAAAAAAGAGAGACAGGGCGAGAGAAGAGGUGGAGGAGGGAGUGCAGCCCAGUGUGAGAGUAAAGGUGGAAGAGGUCAUGGUGAAAUGUGAACCAAUAGACACUGCAUACGGUGAUGAAGUUGAAGGGUUACUUAAGGUGAAGAAGAAGAAGAAAAAUAAAACUUGUGAUGGAUAAGCCGUUGUCACCUUUUUGGCUAGUUUUCAAAAACUAGAUUUUGACCUUGACCACAAAUUCAGGUUUUUUUUAUAUAUAUACAUAUAUAUAAAUAUUUGAUGUACAUUGCAAUACAAGAUUUUACUUUUGUAGAAUAUUGCAUUUAAAAGUAAGACAGACACAUCCUAAAUCAAUUGAACGGUGGCACAAAUUAUAAUGUGUAUUGAUCUCUGCGUCUUCAGGGCCAAUGUUCCUGUCACACUGAGCUUAGAAAUUGACCGUGUUACGUACAAAGAAUGUGUGCAGCUGCAGGCAACUUUCAUUACAUGGGUAAUUGGAGUGUACAUGGAGGAAUUUCUGCGUUUUGUGCCAGUGCCUGUCAAGUUGUGGGCCUGUGUUAGUGUGUAUAUAUUUUCACAUUACUGGGCAACUAAUGUCAAUGAUUGAAAGAUUGAAAACAACAACAAAAAACAGCCGUUAUGAAGAAAGAAUAAUUGUUGAGUGUCACGAUAGGUUACAUGUACUGUGUUGGUGAAAUUAAGCAUGUGCAGGAAAACGCAUGAGCUUCACAAGUGAAUAAAUGAAAUCAUAGGAAACAUUGUGUUUGUGUCCUGCAAGAGAUCAGCCACAGAACUGCAUUUUCCUCUCCAGCCUUGUUAACACAGUGACUCCAUCCAAAAGGAAUGGAACUGGAUCUUGUUUUGUUUCUCGUGCUGAGGCUUUCAUAUUGUGUAACAGCAAGGAAGUCCCCAAUUUACAUGCGUGUAAUUCUCUAAUAAUCUGAAAAUAAGUGUUUCUCUGAAGAAAGGUCAUCAGGAAAAGCAAAAAGAAUUUGAUAAACUGCUCUUUAUUGAAACUUUGGAGUUUGUGAAAGAACAGACUCUGUAUUUUUACUGCAACAUGUUUUGGGGAAAAAAACUGUUAGUUUAGGUCAACUAUGUGACAUUUAGGGGUUUAUUGGCAAAUAUUAAAUGUACUAAAAAUAA